AUGUCAGAAGAAAGAGAAGAAGUACUCAAAAAGGCUAUUGAUGAGGAAAGGAAGAAAAACAUUAAGAUUGCUCGUCAUAACAGAAAGUACAAUUUGCUCCUGUAUGGCAUCAAAGAAAAAAACGAUGAAAAUAUCUAUGUUACAAUAAAAGAGUUUUUCAAAAAGAAUUUAAGGCUUUCAUCAGAUGCGGUUGACCAGAUGUUCUUUGCGAACGCCCACCGUCUACCAUCAAAUGGCACUGGGCCUAAACCAAUUAUUGUACGGUUUGUAAGGAUGUUUGACCGAGAUCUUGUAUUGGAUCAAGUAUAUGCAGGUACUCUCCCAAAAGGGUACUCCAUCUUAGUAGAUCUCCCCCCAGUAAUGAAAGAACAACGGUACAAACUAAUGCAAGUGGCAUAUAAGUUAAGAAAUCCCGCAGAUGGUGUUAACAAGUUAAAAACCAGAAUCCUAGAACUUAAUGAUAAAGUGAUCCUGCAAGUAAGAAAGUCCAGAGAUGAGAAGUGGAACACCUAUGACACUAGUGUAUAA